GUCACGUGACAGCUGACCCGGAAGCAGAUGCUCCGGCGUGCGUGUUGUUGUGUUUACUUGCACAAGCGGGCUGCUCGAAAACACGCGGCCGCCACCUCACUCCCGCCGCCGCCUUCUUGGUCGUCGCCCGACAAACUCCGCCAUCCCGCUAUGUGGCGUGAGCUAACUUUGUGACUCGCCGGCAUUUUGGCGGCUGAGACCUUUUUCUUUGUCAGCUAUGUUGUCGCCAGCAGCUUCCUAGCGCGGCAACGACGCUUGCUUUCGCUUUCGUUUUGCAGUUUCUUUGUGAGGCGACCAUGAAGCAGGACGGUGACGGCGCCGGGCUUCCCGCCUGCUUCGUGUCCAACCACGAGGGCUUCCUGGGCAGCAUGAAGAGGUUCAUCCGCGACUUCGUGGUGACUGAGAUAGACGUGCACGGCCAGCAGGUGAACGCAGCAGCGGCCCCAGCGGCUCCUCACUGCUCCCAAAAGUCCAAUAGUAGAUGUAAACAGGACUGGCAGGUAGCGGAGGAACAUCCCUUCUCUGCAGAUUGCAGGUUCGAUUUGACCAUAUCCAGCCCAGACACUUUGGAUCUCAGCAUGAUUUUGGGCCAGGCGGUGAGUGAACAGCUGGAGCAGUUUGUAGUGAGUCUGCGUGAUGACGUCAUGGAGGAGGACGGCGGCGGCGACAAUCCGGGCAACAAGGAGCUCUCCCUGGGCUCUUUCACCGACAAAUACCAGCGAGCCAAUGUCCACCGGGCCGUGCGACACUGCUUCCCGUUCCUCAUGACGGUCACCAUUCAGCCGGAGAUCCGGGUGAGAGAGGACCCGGACUACCGGGAACUGUCCCAGCUGGUCUCCGAGGAGGAGGCGGAGGACUUCUUCCGCUUCAUCGACGCCAAAGUGCAAGACUCCUCGUACACGUUCCACCCGGACGACAACAAGGAGCACCGCACCGCCGUGCACCACUUCCUCAACCGCCGCUUCGGGAAGUUGGUGGAGACCAAGAGCUUCGGCGAACACGAGAGGACGGCCAUCUCGGUGCGGCUGAGGGAGCGAGGCAGACCCAAGAAGAGGUCUGCGGACGAGCGCAAAGAGGAGGACGUUUACACAGCUUUCACUUUGUGUAAGGAAAAUCUGGAGACCCUGGAGGCCAUCAGCUACAUGGCGGCCACACUGGGCGUCCUCCCGUCCGACUUCACCUACGCCGGCACCAAGGACAAGCGAGCGGUCACUUACCAGUCCAUGGUGGUCAAGAAGGUCUCGCCUCAGCGGUUGAUGGAGAAGAGGGCGGAGUUUGAGAAAAGAGGGAUGCGUCUUUCUCAAAUCCGCUCUGUGGCCGAGCCGCUGAAACUGGGACGGCUGCAAGGGAACCACUUCGACCUGGUGGUCCGCAACGUAAGGCCGCACGGCGCUGAAGAGGCCCACGGCGGUGCUGAGAAACAACGUCAUCUCGCAGCGUUGGUGGAAGAAGCACUGGAGAACGUGAAGGCCAGAGGUUUUGUCAACUAUUACGGGCCGCAGAGGUUCGGAACCGGGCAGGGCGUUCAGUCGGACCAAGUCGGGCUGGCUUUACUCCAAGAAGACAUGGUGACUGCCGUCCGCUUGUUCUUCAGUCCUGAAGAUGGCGACGAUCCUCAGAGCCAAGCAAAGAGACACUUCCUUCAGACUGAUAACGCCAAGGAGUCCUUGGCGCUGAUGCCUGUGUCCAAAGCGCGGGAGCGCCUCAUGCUCCGCGCCCUGAACCGCUACGGCACCGGCCCGGAAGGUUGCGCCAAAGCCUGGCUGAGCCUUCCGCACGGCAUGAGGGUCUUCUAUCCCCACGCCUACUGCAGCAGAGUUUGGAACGAGGCGGUCGCCCACAGACUGGCCACGCUGGGUCACAAAGUCCGACAAGGUGACCUGGUGUGGAGGCAGGGAGCGGAGAAGGUGGACGACAACGAGGAAAGCAGCGCAGCUAAGAUCCACGUGGUGACGGAGCAGGAAGAACAACAAGGAGUCUACUCUCUCGCUCAGGUGUUGCUCCCGAUGCCGGGGAACACGGUGAAGUACCCGGAGAACGGCGUGGGCGCGUGGUACCGCGAGAGGCUGGCCAGAGACGGCCUGGAGAGCUGCCGCUUCCGAGUGGGCAGCCUGAAGAUGAACCUGCCGGGCUGCUACCGCCCCCUGCUGGCCAACCUGUGCAACCUCACCUACCACCUCCACAGCAAGGAGGAAGGGGCGGGCCAGGUGCUCACUUUGAACUUUGACCUGGACUCCUCCUGCUAUGCGACCAUCUGCCUCAGAGAGAUCAUGAAGUGUGACCCCUAGUGGUCACAGGCCGCCAAGGCAGUAGUUGUAAUUGUGCUUGUUUUGUUGUGUGCAAAGCUUGUUCUGUGACAUAAAUGACAAAUUAAGACUUUGACAAA